AUAAAAUCCUUAGGCUGGUAGCGUAAAAAACAUUAAGUCUAAAUAAAAGAAGUUAUCGAGUGCAAUGUAGUUUUAUACAAAUACCGAAGUGUUAAAAUAUUUAAUGUAUAUUUUACAAACUUUUGUUAUAAGUAUUAAUAUUUAAUAAAAAUGAAAGUCAAAUUUGAAACAUCUGGCUGGCUGUUUGCACAAUAUCAACAAAGACUACCUAUUCUGUUAAUAGAUUGCCGUCCAUUUUGUGAUUACUCUAAAGCACAUAUCGAAGGUGCUAUAAAUAUUUCUGUACCUUCUCUUAUGAUUCGACGCCUAAAAAAGGGAAAUGUACCUAUAAAAAAAUUUAUAAAUUCAGAGUUUGCAAAAACUAAAUACGACGAGCGAAGUCGUUAUAAUAAGGUGGUAAUAUACGAUGAGAGAUCUUGUAUGAAUGAUAAUUUAGAGAAUACCCUUCUAGAAUGUCUCUUACAAAAACUUUCGGAGGAUAGUCAUGUCGUAACGUUAAAUGGUGGUUUUGCAAGUUUUGAGGAGUUGUUUCCUCAUCUUUGCCAAUGUGGUGAAGGUGUUGAACUUGGGAAUGCUAUGUACAGCCUUUCUAACUUAAAAAUAGCUAGUAUAAUUUCAUCACCAGUUAUUCAUGACUCUAAUAGGAAUGUUAUUGAAAUAUUUAACGUUAAAGAUUUACAUUUUAAAACUGAAUCAUCUGGACCCAUAGAAAUAUUGCCUCAAUUGUUUUUGGGUAACAAAACUGAUUCUUCUUGCAUUGACUUAUUGAGAAAAUUCAAUAUCACUCAUAUUUUAAAUGUAACUCAUGAUUUACCUAAUUUAUUUUAUGAAAGCAAAGAGUUUGAAUAUCUGCAAAUACCAAUACAAGAUAAUUCAACUGGGAAUGUAUUAGACAUGUUUCCAAUUGCAUACAAAUUUAUAGAAAAUGCUAUUGACGCUGGUGGUUGUGUCCUUGUUCAUUGUUUGGGAGGAAUAUCUAGAUCAAGUACUAUCAUUAUAGCUUACCUUAUGAUUAAAUAUAGAUUCUCUCUUAAUGAAGCUUAUGAUCAUGUCAAGAGUAAGAAAAGAAACAUUGCACCAAACUUUACUUUUAUGGGACAGCUGUUAGACUUAGAGCAAAAUAAAUGUUUGUUUAAUGUUUAUUCUAAAAAUAUUAGUCCAAUACAAAACGUACAGAGUGACAUUUCAUACUUAUCAAAUGAUCUUGUUAAUAACUCCUGAUGAUUUAACCUGUUUGAAAUAUCGAAAUUCUUUUAUAUACUUUAAUUAAUUAUGCAUUAGUCAUGUCACUUAAAAAUUAAAUAUGAUUACAUUAUAUAUACGUAUAAGUCAUACAUGACAACAUUUUAUAUAUACAUAUAUUUAUAUUUAUAUAAGCCAUAUAUGUUUUUUUUUUUAAUUUUUUUUUUGUAUAUGUUUUAUAAUAUUUCUGCAGUUACAAUCAUGUAAUAUAUAGUUCAUACUUAUAUGUUUAAUAUUUAUGUACAUGUAAUGAUUGCAUCUAUUCAAUAGUUACAUAUAAGUAAUGCGUCUUCAUAUUUUCUAUGUGCAUAUUUGAGCUUUUUUCUACACAUUUACUAGCUAUAUGUAUUACAUUUUUAUAAAGUAUUCUCUCUAGAAAAUUAAUUGUUGUAUUAUAAUAUUUUGAGAUAUUUAUUGGCUUGCAGUAAAAAUAAAUAAUUGUAAUUUUAUGUUAAAAUUAUAAUUAUUCACAUUUACUUGAUGGGCAUCUUGGAUUUUUUUAAUUUUUUAUAUUCCUUUCCGAUGUAUUUUAUAUUCUUAUUGAUGUCUUUUUCAAGUGCAUUUGAAAGUAAUAUGUAUAUAGAAAGUUAUUUUUUACAACAUUGUCGUUGAAAGAAAGAAAUUAUGAGAA